GCUCAGGCACGCUGCCACCGGAUCGGCCAGAGCAAAGCGGUGAAAGUCUACAGACUGAUCACCAGGAACUCGUACGAGAGGGAAAUGUUUGACAAAGCCAGCCUGAAGCUGGGACUGGACAAAGCCGUCCUCCAAGACAUCAACCGCAAAGGAAGCCUCAACGGGGUGCAGCAGCUUUCUAAACUAGAAGUGGAGGAUUUGUUGAAAAAAGGGGCGUACGGAGCGCUGAUGGACGAAGAGGACGAGGGCUCCAAGUUCUGCGAGGAGGACAUCGAUCAGAUACUUCAGAGACGAACUCAGACCAUCACCAUCCAGUCUGAAGGGAAAGGCUCCACAUUCGCGAAGGCCAGUUUCAUCUCGUCUGGUAACAGAACGGACAUCUCUCUGGACGACCCCAACUUCUGGCAGAAAUGGGCCAAAAUCGCCGAGGUGGAGAUCGACUCCAAGUCGGAGAAGGUACAGUGAGAUGGAGUUUUGGGAUUUAUGAAUGAAAGCAGGAGAGGAGGGAAGGAACAAAAAAGAAGAAGAGGAUUUCAAAGACAAGGGACAGAAAAUGAGAGAACGGCACAACAAUAAAGGAGAAAAAAAAAUGAAGAAAACUAUAGAAAAGCCUCAUCCAGGUGCCUGCU